ACCCUCCUCCACCCUCCUCAUGAAAACCCCUCCAGGACGCAUGGAGAUCUAAUUCUCCUCCAACUUUUUUCUCUGUGGAGUUUUUGGGUUUGUUUGUUUGUUUGUUUGUUUGUUUGUUUGGUUUUGUGGUCCUCUCAUGCGUCCGGGAAUGCCAUGGCCACUCCGAGCGCACAGCAGCAGCACCAGGAUUAUUUCAGAUCGGUGAGCAGUGAGUCCACCACCUACAUGAUGGUCCCUGCCGGCGGGCCGAGCGGGACGAGGCGCAGGGAGACACCGUCCAAGAUGUGGGUGGCCAUGGUGGUGAUAGUAGUGGUGGUGCUGCAGAUCGCCUCCACCACGGGGCUCUUCCUCUACCUGAACAUGUCCAUAUCUCAGGUGCGUAGCCAGGGAGUCACCGAGGAGCUGAAGUGCCUGAGUUUACUGAACGCUCUGGAUAAGGACCAGGACAUCCCAGACCAGCUGGCCCAGCUCUUCGGAGAGCCCUGCAUCAAACUGGCCGAAGGCAUCAAAGCCUACAUCUCCAAGGUGACGGAGAACAUCAUCUCCAAACAAACCUUCAUAGAAGCCAGGACCAUGCCUCGCUCCUUCAACAACUCGGUGACAUCGGUGGCCCAGAGGCCGUCGGCCCACCUGACCCUCAGAGACACCAGCUCUCAAGGGUUCCCUCCGUACCCGAUCCCCAUGGCGGGUCUCCACCAGUCCUGUCGCCACGUGGUCCGCACGUGGGCCAACCAGAGCUUCGGAGCUCACCUGCACAACAUGACGCUGUCCAAUGGGAAGCUGCGGGUGCCUCAGGACGGGCGGUACUACCUGUACUCACAGGUGUAUUUUCGUUAUCCGUCCCCAGCAGCCAGUGAAGGAGACGAGCGCAGCGUCAGCCACCAGCUGGUUCAGUGCGUCUACAAGAAAACCUCCUACCCGAGCCCCAUACAGCUCCUGAAGGGUGUGGGUACAAAGUGCUGGGCUCCGGACGCAGAGUACGCCCUCCACUCCGUCUACCAGGGGGGGCUGUUCGAGCUGAGGGCCGGCGACGAGCUCUUCGUCUCCGUCUCGUCCCCGACCAUGGUCAACGCCGACGACUCCUCCAGCUACUUCGGCGCCUUCCGCCUGGACCUCUGAGAGGACAAGGAUGGGAGAAAAAGUUAAAAUAAAGAGAGGAGCAGAUGGAUAAUUGGGACAAAUGAGUUAAGGGGCCUUUUGAAUAUCUGUUGAUUGGGGGAAAAGUGUCAUUUUUAGGCAGAGAUGUGGGAUCUUUGUUCAUCAAAGUUUGCUUGGACGGAUGCAAUGAAGGAUGGAAGGAUUUUUUUUAUUUUUUUUUGGAGGCUUUGCUUGAGUUAAAGGGGGAAAGAAAAAGUGGAUUUGACUUCCUUUAAUCUCCGCUGAGGGCAAAACCAAACCGUCGAGAGAGCAAGAUAUUCAAUAUGUGCAAUCACGUAAAAAAAUAAUGGUGAGAAUAUCGAUUUUUCUGAUACGUCUUUGGGGAAGGAAAAUUGCCUUUUUUGGACCGCAGUUUUAAAAAACGCUAGAAAUCUGAGAUGAGAAUCGCCCCAAAAACAUUAGAGCCCACCUGUUGUCUUUUCCCCAAAAUAACACGUGAGUCUCACUCUCUCGCACGUCAGCGGCCCUUUUUUAUUUUUUUUAUGGGAAGCAGUCGAGGAGCCACUCGGAUCUGGAUUCAAGACCGAAGAAUGUACACAUAUUAAGAAAAGAAAUCCUCUGCAUCGAAAAUGUGAGGACGGACGUUGGAAUAGUAGUAGAAGAAAAAAUCAAAUGAUCAAACCAAAGCAACAAAAACAUGUGGAAUAAACUUUUUCUUUUUUAAAAGCGUGCCAUGAGAGUGCUGUACAUAUGAAUGGCUGAGACGUUGACAUUGAACUGUGGUGAUUUUGAAAGUAAUUCAUGUGUGUUUUUUACAUUGACUGGACUUAAAACCACUUGGAUUUCGCUGAGGACUUAAAUCAACACUAGAUCUGUGGAUUCUAUGCAAAGACUUAAGACGAGGAUGCGGUUUGCUUCGUCUGGAUACAGAAAUGAGACUGUGAGAAGCAACACAGAGUGCCUUUUUU